AUGAAGCUCACUACCGUCCUCUCUCUCGCCCCCCUUCUCGGCGCCGCAGCCGCCCAGGGACAACAACAGCAACCCUUCACACUCAACGUCCGCUGGUCCAACAGCCCCCUCAAGGGUCCCCUGAAUGCCAACGCCGGCGCCUUCUGGAUCGGCAAGCCUACCGCCUCCUUCUGCCCGGAGAACGUCGCCGGCUGCUCAGCCGUGAACACCACCUCGUUCGUCGCGCAGGGCUCGAAGCUGUUCUUGAACGACGCCGUGCCCGGCGGUCAGCAGGUCUACAUCUCCCCCCAGGGCCAACUGACCUACACAGUCCCCCACAGCGCGAACAUCCCCGAGGGCUCGCUCACCGACCUGCCCGUCUUCUCGACGAACUCGUUCCUCAACCCGUUCCUGACGCUCUGGCUGUGCUCCGAUGACAAGGACGCCAAGCAGUGGAAGGUCUGGGCCGAGUACACGGAUGCUGCUACCGGGUCGAUCACCAACAAUGGGUCCAACGGGAGCAAUGCCUGCACGCGGAUUGCGCUCGAGGCGCAGCCGUAUACGGGCCCUAAGGCUUGGGAGUUUUAG